UGUGGGUCUCUCAUUACUCAUAAUAGAUUUGGCACUUCUUACUGAAUAAUACAAACGAAACGAAGAUUGAACCAUUCGUGACCGUGAAUUCGUGCUCCACAUUUUACCCACAACACAAACACAAAGACCUACCACGAUAUCCGCCAUCAUCCAUCAUCACCCACCCAUUAACCAAUCGAAUUAAGACUCAACAAAAAGCACCACCCUUCACUGUUCCCACAUAGAAAGCUUCGAACUUUGGAAUUUCCUAGCUGAAAUUCGCUCGUUUCGGUUACUGGGUCGGUCUCCGAGCUAUGCGUGGAGCUGAGGGUGGUGAUGGUGGCUUCGCCGUCAGAGGCGGUAACAUCUACUGGGGGAGAAAAGAGGAAACUGAUUUCAGAGGAAUCGUUGUAAUCUUCGCUUGGGUUUCUGUUCCGCAGAACCUGUUACAAGAAUUCGUUGAUCUGUGUUCUUCUUUGAAGUGGAAUUCCCUUGUUUGUUUUGCCCAUUAUCUAUCAGCUUUCCGUGAUGAAAGUGCCAUGCCAUUGGCAUUUUGUGUUCUUGAUGAACUUAUUGAGGAGCUGAGAACUAGGUCAUGCCCUGUUGUAUUUGCUACUUUUUCUGCUGGGUCAAAAGCCUGUCUGUACAGGGUAUUUCAGCUUAUUGAUGGAAAAUGUGCAACUCCGCUCAACUUGCCUAACUAUCAAUUACUUAGGAACUGUCUUUCUGGACACAUAUAUGAUUCUGGUCCAAUAGAUAUUACAAGUGAUUUUGGCUUCCGCUUUGCACUACGACCCUCCAUUGCAAAAGUGCCUGGACCAUCAAAACUUGUUUCUUGGGUAGCAAAAUCUGUUACCUCUGGUUUGGAUGCGUUAUACCUGACUAGAUUUGAAUCCCAAGCUGCUGAACAUUGGCAGGCUUUAUAUUCUUCUGUUAAUUUUGGAGCUCCAUUUCUCAUUUUAUGUUCUGAGAAUGAUGACCUUGUACGAUACCGAAGUAUCUAUGAUUUUGCCCAACAACUACGCAAUCUCAAUGGUGAUGUCAACCUUGUAAAUUUCAGUAGCUCCUCCCACCUUGGUCAUUACAAACACCAUCCAAUUCAAUAUAGAGCUGCUGUGAACCAAUUAUUAGAGAAGGCUUCUUCAAUAUAUUCACAAAAAAUGUUGCUUGAACGAGAAAGAACUGGUAUGGAUGGUACACAGGAUGAGAUAUCUGAGUUGAUCUGUGACCUGCAGAAGGUGGCAAUCAAUUCAAAUAAGAGCCUUAGAAGAGUUGCAGUCGGGCCAACGGACCACUUCUUUUUGCCUAGUUCAGCAGGGCAUUACGGUGAUAGAGAAUCUGGGACUCCACAAGAUGAACAAAAAGAAAAAUCUGUUUGUGUACCUAGCUUCCCAAGCAUCAGUGCUCAUAGUGUCCUUGGCCAAUUUCUUUUUGAUGUUUGUGUUCCGAAGAAUGUUGAGGGUUGGGAUGUGAAAUCUUCUGGGAAUCUAAAUAGGAAGUCAUGUGCUUCAGCUCCAAGGCAUUCACUAUUCAGAGGUACUAAGCGCAUCGGUCGGUCCAAAUUAUGAAGUUGUUCCCAUAUCUAACUUGAGGAGAUACUUUAUGAUAAACCUGUUUGAAAUAUCAGCAAUUUCCCUAGACAAUACAGGAAGAUAUGAUAGAUUUUGGUGCAAUAAUUGGCUGUUCUGUCUGACAGUGGACAUGUAAUGGUUGCAAUGGUUCAACAAUUAAUUCCUUGGCACUUAUGAGAAAGUGAUGGGCUGAAGUGGAUAAUGUUUACUUGAGUUCCAUCCCUUCUGAUUGCCCUCAGGAAAAAUCACACGACUGUUGUAUCAGAAAGGAGAGCUUCUGAUAGUUCAAACUGGUUGAUGCCUGGCUAUGGUAACUACUCAUUUGGUAAUUGCAUUUGCAUGAAAUGGGAUAAACUGUACUGACUUAUUUGUAGUUAGAGAAAGUAAAUAGCUGUACAUAAUAUAUUUUUGAGGGAAUAAAACGUCUCUUGUUUGAGGGUGGAAGAAACUUGUAAAUUUGGCAUGCCUAGCAAUGUACAGAGGAGGAAAAGGAGGGAUAUAAUCCCACUUUUGUUGUUUUAUUUGUUUUUUUAGCAGAAUUUUUGCAUCUUCUAAAUAAUGUUUGACAGUAGUUAAGUAUUUCGAUGGAAAUAUGGUGGUUGCUGCAAA